AUUUCUCUUUACCGCCGUCGCCGUCGAUAUCAAUUAGGCAACUUCCUCAAGGCGAUUACAAUUUUCGUGAAUAAAAAUAAAAGUCCGUGGAGUGUAGUAGUGGAAAAUUAUUAUUACAUAUGCAUAUAUUUAUAUAAACUGUUUUGGGAAAACGACAAGGCGGCACAUUUUACGUAUCACUCAAGGAAUUACCAAGUGCAGAAAUCCAAUUGUAGGCAGCGACAGCCAUCAUCAAUCUGUCCAGGGCUCAUCAAGGAGUGCACGAAAAGACAUUAGAUCAUUUUUAUCACAUACAUAGAUGACCAUAUUAAUAUUGCUACGCAAUACGGUCGCCAAUGUACGACAGAGGACCCUUAGAGCCAAUGGAAAUGGUGGCUUUGUUGAGGUUAAACGAAAGUUUUGCAUCACCACACAAAGGCAAAAUCAACUGCCACAUUUAUCGCCGUACGAUGUUAAUUUAAUUUUACGUGAAAAUGAAUUUAUGUACACUUUCACCGACGAUCAAAGCACUGUUUUAAGUUAUGAAACUAAUCAAUUGGCGUCCAAUUCACCAUGUGAAGACACUAGAACAGAAGCGAGUUUUAAUAAUAAACCAGGGUUUAUUUGCGGAAUUUUCGAUGGCCAUGGUGGACCUGCUUGUUCUCAAGUUAUUUCAAAACGCCUGUUGCGUUAUAUAGCCGCCUCCAUUAUAGAUCGUAAGGUAUUAAAUGAACAAAUCCAAAACGGUUGCAAUAGUCAAACAUUUUUAAAGUGCCAUAAUGACAAGGUGGACUUUGUCAAGGAGAUCAAAGAUAUUUAUGAAGAGAGUUUUAUGAAAUUUAUCAAUCAUCUAUCCAGCCAAACGUCGAAACCUCGAGCUAAAGCAAUAGAAGAUGCUUUUUUGCUUCUGGAUAGGGAUAUGUCUGACGAGGCUUUAACUAAAACGAGUAUGAUGACUAUGUCUGUUGCUAUGUCGGGCGCUGUGGCUGUUGUAGCUCAUGUUGAGGGUCUUGACUUACAUUUGGCCAGCACUGGUGAUUGUACGGCUGUUUUGGGCACACAAUGCUCCGAAACCGGCCAAUGGACUUCCAAGAAGCUGAACAACGAACACAAUACCGAUAACCAACAAGAAGUUGCACGUAUUCUCUCGGAACAUCCCAAGGAGGAAAAUGACACCGCAAUACGUGGAGAUCGUUUGCUGGGCCAGCUGGCACCGCUAAGAGCUCUAGGCGAUUUCCGUUACAAAUGGUCCAAAGAAGAUUUGGACAAGCAUGUAGUACCUGUAUUUGGAGAGAACUUUGUUCCUCCAAACUAUCAUACACCACCGUAUUUAACGGCUAGGCCUGAUGUUGAACAUCAUCGCCUUACAGUCAACGAUAAGUUUUUAGUUAUGGGCAGCGAUGGCUUAUGGGAUUUCCUUUCACCAUCGCAAGUUGUUGCCCUUGUAGCCGAACAUUUAAACUCGAAAAUAAUAAUGGAGCCCGUAAAAUUGCCCAGCGGCGAUGUCACAUUGCAAGCUAUAUCGGAUAUUUUGGCUGAACGCAAGGCGGGACGCAAAAGAAAACCAUUGGAUCAAAACUCUGCAACACAUUUAAUUCGUCAUGCUUUGGGUGGCACCGAUUAUGGUGUGGAACACUCAAAAAUAUCGUAUUACCUCUCACUACCUCAAGAUUCUGUACGUUAUUACCGUGAUGACAUCACCAUUACAGUUAUUUACUUUAACUCAGAGCGUAUUAAAGCCUUAACAUCAAAAUCAUCAUAAUUUAUUUUAUUUUUGUUUUUCCCCCUGGAUUAUUUUUUUUAUCCUUACAACGCAUAACUUGUAAAUAGCUAAUUAGUUUUUUUGUUUGCCAAAAAUAGUUAAGUUCUUUGUGUUCCUUUACAUUUAAGUUAAACUUAAAAGAUUGCAGCUCUAUAGAUGUAUGCUAAUUUGACCACAAAGGUAUGGCAAUUGAAUACAUCACCACAAUAUAGUUGAAAAGACAAUUUGAUUUUAUUCCACACUUCGUGUAGGAAAAAGUCAAGCUAUGAGAAAUUGCUUAGAUGUCAACUAUUUCGUGGGUAUUGAAAUUGCCUUCCCUAAAUGUUUCUGAAUCCGAAUUAUAAAUGUACAAUUGUGGAUAGUCAAUUGCUAAAACAAGAAACUUUCAUUCUUUUUCUCAAUCAAUGAACAUAGCCGAAUGCCUAUGACUUGUCUGUAUACUAGAAUAUCAAAUAAAAAAAAAAUAUAAUCUCGUAAAAAUCUUCGGGAAAAUAAAAUUGAGUAUUGUAAAAGAUGGUGCAAUAAGAGA